UGAGCAGGUUAUUGGAAAAACACUCUCUCCUGUGACAUCACAACCUCCCACCUGUAUGUUGGUCACAUGACUGUGACAUUGCUGCAUACUCACAGGCAAUGCACACUAGAAUUUUUCAUGGCUGAGGUACAAAUUGUGCAGUUUUGAAAGAUGGAAACAGUUCUAAAUGGAGGAGAAUGGGAAUUAAAGCAAUAUGGGAGACUUAAGGGAGCAGGACAGAGUGAAGAAACUACAUCUUGGAAAAUCUUUAACACCAGUACAAAAUCUGGUAAACUUAUAUUGACGAUCCUAAACACAGGUCAUUUUUUCAUUUCUCAGGAGCAUAUGAUGCUGGAAGGUUUUUCCCUAAUUUCAGCACAAACAUGGCUAAAGGUGUUAAGAAAAUCUGACUGGCUUCUGUUUGGGUCAAAUUCAAAGCAAAAGUCCCGUAUUUUCAAGGUCCAGUUCACUGGGGAAUCAGAGGAGAAACGCAUGGAAAACUGUCAUAGCUGCUUACAGAAGUUACAGGUGUUCAUAGAUCUCCAGAAUUGUUUUCUGAUGGAGUCAUCACAUUACAGACCUACAGAUGGGAGUGUGCCAAUCAAGCAGAUCACACAGUGUGUUAUGAAUCAACAGAGCAAGGGGCUGGACACUUCUGAGAAUCCUGUCGCAGGCUCAGAAGAGUUAGGGAUGUUCAUCAAACUGUGCCUUUUGGAUGAGCACUUUCCUGUAUUUGUUGAGUCAGUAGAAAAAGAGCUGCACAAAGUGGCACAAAACAGAGUUCAUACAGUCAGAGAAGAAUAAGAUGCAAAUAAUUAUUUAUUAUUGGUUUUAUUGAUGUUAUGUUUAACAGGUGUAUUUACUGCACACAUUAUCACACUGCAAAUACAGAAUAAUCCACAGGAUCAUGCAACUAGAAGAGCUCCCUCUGCCCCUUAAAGAUAUUACAGCUUUGAUAUACACACAUAUAUAAAUCUAGUUGCAUAGAAUAUAAACAUGCUAUGACCAAAAAAGCAAAAUAAUCUUUAAAACAAUCCAAAUUAAAACACAAACCCUGUUGAGAAGAAAAAUAUAUAUAUAUAUAAAUUAUAAAAAGUUUUUCUGCAUGAAUGUACAUGUUGGGCAUAACAGUGCAAAAAGGAUUUCAGAAUAUACAUGAUUCAACUAUAAGACCAGUUCUAAAGCACCCUGCCUAAUAUAGUCGCUGACUUUUCUUAACUAGCUGCGGGAAUUAUAUUAAGAUCACCAACAAAACAAGCAAAAGCUUUCGACUAAACCUCAAUAAAAGGAAUGGUUUAUCUGCCUAGAUAUACUAACCAAAGAUGCUGAACGUUUCUGGGUAGGAAAAUGGGUGACUGCAACCUGCAGUUUGGGGGCAUAAGCCUAGGUUCUCAGAAAGGGUGCGAUUGUUAAUCCCUUGCUGUGCGAAAGUGCUGGAAAUUUGGAAAAGGGAAGUGUGAUACUGGGGCAAGGAAUAUCAUUCAUAACAACCUAAAUGUGAAGUACUAAAAAGCAUGUGGUUCUAUUUGGUGCCACAUACAUGGAGCAUUAUGAGCUACCCUAUAUAAACUUUUGUCUAUCAGUAGUAAAAGCUGCUAUAAGCACAAUCUGUGCAUGCACUUGAGGAAUUUGUGCACUGAAAUGGGUGAUUGGGAUAAAGCAUCAGUAUACAUUAAGGGUUUUGGAAAUUCAGCACAACUACAUUAAAAACAUUAAAAAUGCAGACAAAA